GAGGUGACCAACUUGGAACAGAUCAACAGCCAGAAGACAAGUUCCACCUGAAGUUCACAGUGGCAUAGUACAACAGAUCGCUGAAGACACACAGAAACUCACAAACACGAAGUUCCACCAGCAAAAUGGGUGGUUGAAUUCUAGCAAUGUCUGUCACCUGUAGCUUCUCGCAUCAGUAGCCUCGCAUCAGCCGUAGUGGGAUGGAUCUGCGCGAUGGAUCUAUUGGAUUCGCGUCUCGCAGCCCGGUCUCGGCGCGAUCAGAACAGCACUGUCCGAAGAAGGCGACAGGAGGUACCCGGACCUGUCACAUCUAACUUGGGGAAGCCCCUUCGGGCAGGGCCCCGCACCGGCCACGUGGAUGCAAACCUGCAGGAUGCGGCCGCUCCGCCGCGGUUGGAAGAUGGGUUCUCCAGAGGAAGCAAUAGAAAGUGCCAUGAAGGGCAGGGAUCACGGCUGCCACUGAACGAGGAGUAUGACGCUGAGGACAAGACCUUUGGACCUUGGCCCUGGAGGGUGGGAUCUUUGAUUGCCUGCGCUAAGCGCAAUGACAAUCCUCGGAUUUUUGGUCGGUGGUUGUUUUGUGUGUGAAAAUAGGUUGUUGUUCUUCUAUACUUACGGUACAUUUGAUAUAAAUGCUUCGACUAAGGCACUCAAAGCUUAAAACAUUCUACUAACACACAUGCAGGGGAGAAUAUUGGGCUAGGUUGUCGGCUGAUGCUCGACGCCAUCCUCCCUGCCCUUCCUGGCAGGAGAAGACCAGUUCGUGAGCUGAACAAAAACACAUUACAUCCUCAUAUAUCCCCACAUGUUGGGUCGCUUGCAAGUAAAAGUCUCAAUUUUUUGCGUGAUGCCGGUUCUGAACUGUAUCCACACACGCUUGCGAGUGGAGUGAAUGAGUGGAUGUCCCUGGAUGGCUAAUUGGUUGUCCACUCUCAUCCACACACAUCAGGAUGGCCGAGGAGGCCACCCACCACCGGGUAACUUGGAGUUGCUGUCCAGGAACCUGGUAAAAAGUAC